UUCGUUUUCCCUCCACUAUACCCAAAAACCCUCACGAAGCCAUCGUGUUGACGAUAAUAAUAGACUCACAACAACAAAACCUCUUUCUCUCUCUUGAAAACGGGCUCUCUCUCUCUAAAAAAAAAAAAACGAAGAAGAAGAAAAAAGAAACACACACGAAAAUGGAGUCUUCUUUGGCUUUCAUGGAUGACCUUCUGGAUUUCUCUUCGGAUAUAGGUGAGGAAGAUGAAGAAGACGACGUCGUUCCACCCUUUUCCGUUAAGCCCAAAUCUUCUUCUACCACGGCGGCGGACUCGUCGGAGUUGAACGCCGCCGCUAUGCACCCGGAUGAUUCUUCUUCUUGCCGUGUUUUGCCUGAAGAAGAUUAUGGAGAGGAGGAACUCGAGUGGCUAUCAAAUGAAGAUGCAUUUCCGGCCGUCGAGACAUUCGUCGACAUUCUCUCUGACCACCACCACCACGCGCCGCCGCCGCCGCCGCCGUUAACGAGCGUUUCGAAACAGAAUAGUCCGGUUUCGGUUCUCGAAAGCACUUCAAUCAGCAGCCAUGGUGAAACUAACAACGGUGGUAAUAAAAUGAGUGUCCAUGGUAGUGGUAGCAUUCUGAUGAGUUGCUGUGGCGGCCUGAAAGUUCCCGGCAAGGCCAGAAGCAAGCGCCGCCGUGGACGACACAUUUCCGGCCACCAUCUCUGGUUCAAGCAGCAACCCAGUUCGAAGAAUGUAAAACAAGUAGUAUCCACCACCGCGACUGCGGCGGUGACGGGGACGGCGGCGAUUGGGAGAAAAUGCCUACAUUGUGGAGCGGAAAAAACGCCGCAAUGGCGAGCCGGUCCAUUUGGGCCGAAAACGUUGUGUAAUGCUUGUGGAGUGAGGUUCAAAUCAGGGCGGUUGGUGCCGGAGUACCGGCCAGCGAGUAGUCCGACGUUCUCGGCGGAGCUGCACUCGAAUUCUCACCGGAAAGUGAUGGAAAUGAGGAGACAGAAGCAGUUAGGUAUGGUGGUGAAUCCAAUGGAUAAAGGGUGAGUUUGAAUUUUGGGGGUUUCUUUUUGGUUGAGUUUGAUGAGGCAUUGAUUCCCUUAUUUUCAUCCGCCAUUAAUCUUCUUCUUUCUUCUUCUUUCUUCUUCUUUCUAGUUAGCUCUUUAGGUAUUUGUUUGUUAUGUGGGAUAGAGAUUUAAAAUUAGUGGAAAAUUUCUGUUUGAUGCCAAAAAUUCAUUAGGAGAAUUUUGUCAUUUAGUACGUUUGAUUGUGUUAAUACACUUUUUUUUUGGCCUCUUCAA